CGACGACAUGGUCAAGACUUGAAGAGCUCGACCCGUUGACGUUUGCGAAAGUACCAACUCCGUUGAUGGACGCCGGAGUAGAGGUUAUCGACCUUCACGCCUACAUUGCGAAGAUCGACCACGAGUUCAAGACACAACGGUACGACGACAUCAAUGCGCCAUUGUUGUACAUACGCAUUUUGAUCGGAGAGGCGACCUGCAACGAUUUGACCGAUUGCGGAGCUACUCGCAACUACAUGAGCCAAAACUUUAUGGUACACAUUGGCCUUGGGCCACGGGUUCGGAGGAAGUCCAAGCCCACGCAAGUCACGUUGUACGACGGUCACACGCACAAGUCAAACGACCGGUGCAUUGAUGCCAUCCCCGUGUACUUUGCCCCGCAUGUAAGCGAGGCCGUGUCCUUCGAUAUUUUGGACACCAAGUUCGACAUGAGCUUGGGCAUGUCAUGGCUGCGAAGCGAGGAUCACCCGGUGAACUUCUACCGCCGCACCGUUCACGUUCGUGAUCGGAACGGAGUACUAGUCCCAUGCACGGUGCCUCCUCCUCACCCUUCGAUCAUCUGUCACGUGGUGUCCGCCGCAAACAUUCGAGCUUCCAUCAUCCGGGAUGACAUUGAGGAGAUGCGGGUGUGUUUUCUCCACACCCUCCCGCCCCAAGACAUUCCAUCGACGGACGCACUACCGGACCCACGCAUCACCGAGCUUCUCGACGCCUACGACGAUGUGUGCGAAACACCACAUGGAGUAGUACCGGAUCGACCCAUCCGCCACGAGAUCAUCCUCGAGGACGGGGCCGUACCUCCGCAUCGUUGCAUCUACCGCAUGAGCAAGGAAGAGUUAAGUGUGCUAAGAGCACAACUCGACGAUCUUCUCGAGAAAGGCUGGAUUCGGCCUAACUCUUCGCCAUAUGGUGCUCCCGUUCUCUUCGUCCAGAAUAAGAACAAGGAGCUGCGGUUGUGCAUCGAUUAUAGUAAGCUCAACGCGCAAACCGUCAAGAACGCCGACCCUCUUCCGCGCAUCGACGACCUCCUCGGACGACUGGGCGGUGCCAAGUUCUUCUCCAAGCUUGACCUCAAAUCGGGAUAUCACCAACUCGAGAUCCGGCAGCAGGACCGCUACAAGACCGCGUUUAAGACGCGAUAUGGACAUUUCGAAUGGCUGGUUAUGCCUUUUGGCCUUACGAAUGCCCCGGCCACAUUCCAAACGGCUAUGACAACGGAGUUCCGACACAUGCUGGAUAGAUUCGUACUCAUCUACCUCGACGACAUCUUGGUGUACAGCCGGAGUUUGGACGAGCAUGUGGAGCAUCUGCGCACCGUUUUGGAGCGGCUACGACAAGCCAAGUACAAAGCCAACCUUGACAAAUGCGAAUUCGCGCGGCAAGAGCUGGAGUACUUGGGACAUUAUGUGACACCGCAAGGCAUCCGUUCGCUUGCGGACAAGAUCGAGGCCAUCCGCGUAUGGCCCGAGCCCACCAACACCACGGACGUCCGUUCAUUCAUGGGGUUGGCAGGCUACUAUCAACGCUUCAUCACCGGGUGCUCAAGGAUUGUCGCACCUAUGACGAGAUUACAAUCGCCAAAGGUGCCAUUCGUAUUCGAUGACGAUGCACACCGGUCAUUCCAAGCACUCAAGACGGUCAUGCUCAUGGCACUCGUCCUUAGCAUCUACGACCCCACCCUGCCAACGAGAGUGACAACCAACGAUUCCAGUUGUGGCAUUGGGGCAGUCUUGGAACAACAUGACGGCGACGACUGACACCCUGUGGAGUAUUUCAGCC